UAUUAAUAAUUACCUCACCAAAGACAUCCUAAAGAUGAAAUAAUCGUCGCUAUCAAUCAAAAUACCAAAGUGGGGGACAAUUAGGAUUAUAAGAGUAUAUAAAGAAUAAUUUUGACUAUUCAAAGCAAGUUGUAGUUCACAAGUAUCAUCAUCAUGAAAGUAGUUGCCGUCCUUUUUGCUCUUGUAGCUCUCUCGUACGCCGCUCCGCCGCAAGGGGGCGCCGAUAAGGACGCAGUAGUCCUGAAAUACGAUAACGACAAUAUUGGAGUAGAUGGAUACAACUUUGGUUAUGAAACCAGCAAUGGCAUUUCCGCCCAAGAACAGGCCACUUUGAACAACGCCGGUUCGGAAAAUGAAGCCAUUGCCGUUCGUGGUUCCUACUCCUUCACUGGCCCAGAUGGAGUUGUGUACACUGUUAACUACAUCGCUGACGAAAACGGUUUUCAACCACAGGGAGACCACUUACCCAAGGCCUCCUAAGAUGUUUAUUACAUCUGAAUUGUACAUAAAAUAAAUUAUUUUUU